CCCGGCGACGCUCCGAGACGCGAGAGCGACGAGAGAGAGAGAAGAGAGAGACCUAAUCCUCCUUCGCGAGAGAGGAAAAAAGACACGAUUUUCCCGAGAAAAUCCGAGGCCGGAGAUUGCCCCGCCCUCCGAUCGGAGCUGUCCAUCGCUCCGGCUUCCCUGCGAGUCGGCCCCCGCACGGUGAUGGUGUGCAGGGGCGGCGAGUUCGCCGGCGAGAGAGAACGAGCCCGUGCUCCCAUGGCGAUGGGCUCCGAGAGAUCGAAGCCGCUCCACAAUUUCACCCUCCCGCGCCUCCGCUGGGGCGGCCAGCGCUACAUGCGGUGUAUGAAGGUGGCCGCCGCCGCCGACUCCUCCUCCGCGGCCGCCGCCGACGACGAUCGCCGAUCCCCCGCCGCCAGAUCUCACCCCCCCUUCCGGCGGAGGGAGCCGGACUUCGAGCGGCGGAGAUGUUUCGCGCGGGAAUCGGACCGGGGGAGGAGGGGUGGCGGGAUCGUCGGUGCCGCCGACGACGAGGACGACGAGGGCGGCGGCGGCGACUGCGGGAUCGAGGCGGUGAGGCAGAAGCUGAUGUUUGAUCUGCGAGCCGAGACGGACAAGAUGAAGGACGAGCUGCUGAGGGAGGAGGUGGAAUCGGUGGCCGCCGCGGCCGCCGCUGCGGCAGAGGAGGCCGAGGCUGAGUCCGGGGCUGCUGCAGCAGUGGCGGCGGAGGAGUCGAGGCCGUGGAAUCUGAGGACGAGGAGGGCGGCGUGCAAGGCUCCGAUCGUCGGCGCCGGCGCCGGCGGGGGGAGAGUUAACAGCUCUCCGUCGAGGACCGAAGACGCCGCCGGCGCCGGCGGAAACGACCCGAAGUCGUCGCCUAGGGUCCUGAGAGGUAACGGCGGCGGCAGCGCGACGCAGAAGACGGAGGAGAGAGCGAAGUUCGCGGUGGCGCUGAAGCGGAAGGAGAUUGAGGAGGACUUCAUGGCGAUGGUGGGGCACCGACCGCCCCGCCGGUUCAAGAAGCGGCCCAAAAAUGUACAGAAGCAAUUGGAUCUGCUCUUCCCGGGGCUGUGGUUGACGGAGAUCUCGGUGGACACUUACAAGGUCGACGAGAAUCCUGAAAACGGCAAGAGGUAAUACAGGGUUGACCUUUCGAAUCGGAAAACUUGAUGUUCAAAGGUCUGUGCUUGCUGACUGCUGGUGACAUUCGGGGGCUCCCUGCGUAUUGGUUCAGACUACCUCUCUGAAUUUGAAAUGUAAAAAAGAUAUGGAGCUUCCCUGCUUUUUUAGAUCAGUCUUUUCCUCCUUUUUUCUUUUUCCUUCUUGUUCUUUCUGAAAUAGCUAAUUUUGAUGAGGUAGGUAGGUUCUAUUUAUAUCUCUAUCCAUUUAUCACAAUAAGCUUCUACAAAGUGGGAACACCGUUGAAUGUUGUUAAUCCAGAAAGAACCUUUGAGAAAUGAAUUGUUACUGUUGCUGAUCAAGAGGCAUUGGCUGCAAUGCACUGGCUCUCAUUUCUCUUUCCAGUAACUUCUUGUUGGGAAACUAAAUACAAGCAUCAUUUAAAAAGGGUAUCUGAGCCUCGUGAUUCCA